UUAGCAGCUGAGAUUCCACGGGAUACCAAUCUGAAUCAUAUUAGUUGCCGUUUGUUACGCAAUUAGCUUGCAGGAGCGAAGGAAAGUGGUGGUGCGAUGUUUGUAGUAAAAGAGAUUCAAGAUUUGAGAAACUCAGGAGGAAAGAAGAUGGAGCCAUCACAAGAGGGAAGGCCAGCUUGUGGAAACAAUAUAAAGCGGCCUCCCAAUGCAUAUAUUUUAUUUGCUAAAGAGUGGAGAAAGAAGAUUGCUGCUCUGUAUACUACAGAAAGAAGCACGGACAUCAGCAUAAGACUCGGUAAUAUGUGGCAUUCCUUGACAUCGGAAGAAAAACAGAAAUACUUUGACCUGGGGCGACUCACAGCCCAAGAACACGGCCAAAGAUACCCUGACUACAGCUACAACCCACUUGAAGCUCGAAGGCAAAAGGCUGCUCAUGUGGGGGCCCAUAGGGUGAAAGGCACGAAUCCGAGUGGCCAUAAGGCAACUAACACCCUCGGAGUCAGUGGGAAAGUGGCCCAUAGCCGCCACAGUCCUGCGACAUCAAGGAUAUUCACAAAGGAGGAUGUUCGCACCAGUCCAUGCCCUCAGUCAAUGAAUGAUGUCAGGGCUGCAGUAAAUUGUGACACUGCAACCUUGAUGGAUGACCAGCAAUUGCCAUAUGUGCAGGCACCUGGUUUAGAAAUUACCAGCUUACUAAAGGACAGUGCUGAUGUUGCCAGCCUAGUAGAAUUUGUUCAGCUGGAGCUCCCAAAAUGGGAUUUUUUGUUUCAAUUAAAUUUAAUAAAUACUUACUAUGCGAACUAUUAAAUAAUUAAAUUAUAAUUAUAUAAUAUGUA